AUGAACAGUUCCUCAAUACUCUUCAGGCUCCUCUGUGCCAGCAUUCUCCUCUCCUGCCUCUGUCAUGCCCAGUCUUCCAGGGAAACCUCUGUAGAAGAUUUCACUGUAAAGAAAAAUCCUUCUUCUUCUGAGAAAGAACUGGUAGAGGCAAUGGAAGAAUUAUUGGAGAAAUUUCAGGACAGGUAUCCUGUUUACCAAAAGCGAGCACAGAUUCCUUUGUGUGAUAUUGGCGAGAGAUGUGCAGUGAAGCAAGGUCCCAGAAUUGGCAAGCUGUGUGAUUGCUCCCGUGGAUCAUCUUGUAACUCUUUCCUCUUGAAGUGCAUAUGA